AUGGACGGUGAUCAAUUCGACGAUAAAAUUGACUAUACCUACCCACCAUUUUGGUACGGUUUCGCCAACACCAUGCUUGCCACAUCAUUUUUGACACUCAGUUUUGUUGCUUCCAUAGUAAGCUCUACUUAUUCUUUCUAUUCUUCCUGUGUCAUGCGAUCAACCAUAAUUAGCGAUUUGUUAAAGGCAAUCCGACUUCAUGAGAACUUCUCAAAGUGGACGUCGUACCAGAUCAUGUUCUUCAUAUCACUUUGCGAUACUGCACAGCUCGUAGGGCAUGCAUUCAGUGGUGUGUCGCUGAUGUUGGAAUGGGAGAUGCCGUGCUUAUUAAAUGGAGUAAAUAAACUAUAA